CGGCCCUUACGCCGUGCGUCUGACGUCAGAGCGCACAGACGCCGCGAGAACGAGGGAGAAGGAGGAAGCUGCUUCUCCGCGCUCGCAGCCGCCAUUUUGUCUGUGCGCGCAGGGCGGACACGGAGCUCGCUCGCUUUCUGUUCCAGUUUUGUGCAUGUACCUGUUUGAACAAAGAAUUCCUGCACCUAACAUCCAGCAACAGAAGCUGUGGGAGAUGAGGCAUUCAAAGCAGUCUCAUUGUCCUGAGUGGGACGACAGGAGGAGCUGGGAUCAGAGGAAGCACAGCAGCAGCCGCAAGCGCAGAAAGAGGUCCCACAGCAGUGGCCAGGAGAGCAAGCACUAUAAACCCAGUCGGGUUUCAGAAAGUCAUUAUUUGGACGAUAGAGCCAUAAAUGAAAGAGACCAUCAUGACCGGAGAUAUGUUGAGGAAUACAGAAAUGACUUCUGUGAAGUGUAUGACCACAGGCAUUAUCACAGAGACUAUGAAAAGAGUCACCAUCAUCACUAUAGCAAAUCCUCUGGUCGGAGCAGGAAAAGUAGUCAUAAAAGGAAGCAUAAGAGACAUCAUUGCUCCAGUCACCAAUCGCAUUCGAAGAGUCACCGAAGGAAAAGAUCCAGGAGUGUAGAGGAUGAUGAGGAGGGUCACCUGAUCUGUGAAAGUGGAGACGUUCUAAGAGCAAGAUAUGAAAUUGUUGCAACUUUAGGAGAAGGAGCUUUUGGAAAAGUAGUGGAGUGCAUAGAUCAUGAUAUGAGAGGAAUGCAUGUAGCAGUUAAAAUAGUGAAAAAUGUUGGUCGAUACCGGGAAGCAGCCCGUUCAGAAAUACAGGUGUUGGAACACUUGAACAACAUGGAUCCAAGCAGCAAUUUCCGCUGUGUCCAGAUGCUGGAGUGGUUUGAUCACCAUGGCCAUGUCUGUAUUGUUUUUGAGCUACUGGGGCUCAGUACUUAUGACUUCAUUAAGGAAAACAGCUUUCUGCCAUUUCAUAUUAAUGACAUUAGAAACAUGGCCUAUCAAAUUUGCCAGUCUAUCAACUUUCUACACCAUAAUAAACUAACUCACACAGAUUUAAAGCCUGAAAACAUCUUGUUUGUGGAGUCUGAUUACAUAGUGAAGUACAAUGCCAAAAUGAAACGAGAUGAGCGCACUUUAAAAAACACAGACAUCAAAGUUGUUGAUUUUGGAAGUGCAACUUUUGAUGAUGAGCAUCACAGCACAUUAGUGUCUACACGACAUUAUAGAGCUCCGGAGGUUAUUUUAGCACUGGGAUGGUCUCAGCCGUGUGAUGUGUGGAGUAUUGGUUGUAUUCUGAUCGAGUAUUACCUGGGAUUUACAGUGUUUCAGACUCAUGAUAGUAAAGAACACCUGGCAAUGAUGGAAAGAAUACUGGGGCCUCUGCCCACUCACAUGAUCAAGAAAUCCAGAAAACAUUAUUUUCACCAUGACCAGUUGGACUGGGAUGAGCACAGCUCUGCGGGCCGGUACGUCAGGAGACGCUGUAAGCCUCUGAAGGAAUUCAUGCAUUGCCAAGACACAGAUCAUCAAAGUCUGUUUGACCUUGUUCGCAGAAUGCUGGAAUAUGACCCAGCCAAAAGAAUUACUCUUGAUGAAGCCUUGCAGCAUCCUUUUUUUGAUCCAUUAAAUAAAUAAAUUCAAAGAUCUUCUAUGCUUCUUCAAGGAGAUUUCCUAGACUGUGUCAGUCAGUCAGCAGAGGUUGCAUGAAACUUUUUUAAGCUUUAAAUUAUUUUGUACAGUUAAGUCUGUAAAUAAUUACAUAUGUUUUGUAUAACUGUUAUGUUUACCUUGUUGAGCAGUUGUAGUCUUAUGAGUAUCAAAGUGAAAAAUAAAAGUAAUUUUCAUUUUUGAAAGCCUGCACCACUCUCCUUUUACAGAUGAUGCUAGUGGACCCUCUGACUGUGGGUGACGAGUCCGAGCUAGAUGAAGGAGUUCUGGAAAGAUUGCCUAAACCUUCUUUUUAUUAGUCUUGAAGAAAAGAUCCACCUAGUUAUGCUGUAUGUAACAGUUCAAUGGCAUGUUGAAACAUGGUUAGAAACAGUGUAUAUCCUAAGUAGGUGGCUUUUGUGGGUCACUUUUUUCCCAGAUUUUCUGUUACAUGGUAUGCCAGCUAAUUAACUCUUGGAAACUUGUCUGAUGCCUUCAGUUUCAAGUAUUCAUGGCUGAUCUUUUUAGUUAAGAUCUGUAAAGUAACAUUUCCUAUUUUCAAUAUUUUUCUAGUCAUUAAAGAUGAACAUUUUCAUAAUAAGUUUUUAGAGUGUCCUGCUGCAGAGAAAUACAGUGUGCCACAGGAUUGUGGCACAUUUAAGCUCUUGCAGUAGUGAGAUCAUUCUGAAAUCUUCAAUGUGUAUUUCUGUGGAGCUUUUUUUUGUAGUUACUGGUAAAUGAAGUGACCUUAGGAACUGAGAAGUGCUGGCAUUGAGACUAUGCAGGAUGGAGGUGGUUGGGUUCUCAGUUUUGGUUCCUGAACUCUGGUACUGAGUUGAGAAGAAAAUGGUGCAACUUUCCAAGACCCAUUAAUGUACUUUGAUAGUUUUGGGAUUUCCACAUCUAUAAGUUGCUGGUUUUUACUCCAACUCCCUUAAUCUGUUUGACACUGUAUAGGUGGCUUGCUGAGCAGUAGGAAGGGAGCCUUCCAUGGAAAAGUUAAUACUGAUUGAAAUAAAUAGCCAAAACUUGCUUAUUACAA